GACAAAGCGACUGAACUGUGAAAGCUGAUGAAAUAUUCUGUCAAUGGCUAUUUUCUACGAUUUUUUAACAUUUUAGAGUAGUUUCUGGUUCGAGUUACAACUCUUUACACCUCAUAUGGAAAAAUGUACACGAUGAAUGUCCUUUUGUCAAGUAUACGUACAUUUCCGGGACGGACGAAGCAAGUGAUAUUUUCAGACGUGAAACUAUCCCAGUGGAGAUCAUUUAAACGAGCAGCACCAGAAGGGAAAGGACUGUCCAGGAAAACCAAGAAGAAAAUUGUUGAUGUCAAAUUCGACAAGGCUCACCUAGAGCAGUUUAACGUUGUUUAUGAAGAUGUUCCCAAGAAACUUCCAUUCAGCAGGCUUUUCAAACCUUUCGUCUUUGCAGGAGUUUUCACAGGAUGUACCUUUGGUGGGGCAGCAAUAUGGCAAUAUGAAGAAGCACGAACCAGAGCAAUCGACAGACUUAGACAGCAUUACUCAGGUUUCUUUGAUUCAAGAGAAAGAAAACAAGGAGAACUAAGAGAAAUGAUGAAUCAGUGGUACAGCAGAUUAAGUGGAACCCAGAAGGUUGUCCUAGGAAUCGUAGUGGCUAACGUAGCAGUCUUUGCCUUCUGGAGAAUACCAGCCAUGCAACACUUCAUGAUACAAUGGUUUAGUGCAAACCCUGCUGCUAGUGCCACGUGCCUACCAAUGAUCCUUUCUGUCUUUAGUCAUCACUCCCUCUGGCAUUUAGGAGUUAACAUGUAUGUCUUAUGGAGUUUCUCUGGCAGUAUAGGGAGUGUGCUCGGCAAGGAGCAGUUCCUUGCAAUGUACCUCAGUGCUGGUGUAUGGGCUUCCUUUGCAAGCUAUGCUCUGAAGAUAGCUACAUCACGGUUCAAUCCUUCACUAGGAGCUUCAGGUGCAAUAAUGGCUGUCUUGGGAGCUGUUUGUGUUCAGUAUCCUGAUGCUAGAUUAGCGAUCGUCUUUCUGCCUUUCAUCACCUUCUCAGCAAGCACAGGCCUGGUUGGUCUCCUUGGUAUGGAGACUACAGGAGUUCUUCUUGGCUGGCAAUUCUUUGAUCAUGCUGCUCAUCUUGCUGGUUUAUUGUUUGGAUGUUACUAUGUGAAGCACGGUCACAAGGUUUUAUGGGGUGAGAGACAACACUACUUAGAGAGAUGGCACAAACACAGAGGAAAACCUGGAGAGGCAUGAAUAGCAAGACUAAACAACAAACUCUCAAACUGUGUCACCAGUCUCUGUCUCGGUGAGAGAUGGCACAAGCACAGAGGAAUGCCUAGUGAGGUCUGAAUGACAAGACUAAACAUCAAACUCUCAAAGUAUGUGAUCAUAAUGGUGUUGAUCUGAGGAUGCUGGUCGUGAGCACCCUGGUGAAAUGACCUCCAUGGUUUUAUGUGAUGAAAACAGUUAAGGUUUGAAUGAAAAGACUAAGCAACAAACUCUCAAACUUUACUAUGGUGACUUGCUGGCUUUGAUGAUUAACUCGUUGUAUACCAUUUGAUUUUGGUAUGACAUGCAUUAUUUUUCUAUAGACUCCAAUCUAAAUUAUAUCAUGUUUUAACAGGUUAAAACCAUGGUGGAAUGACGUGAAUAGCGUUGAGGAAAA